AUGUCACCAGAAUUACAGGCGUUGUCUCAAGAUCAAAAACCUAAAGUCCCUGCACUUCGUAUAGUACCUCAUAUUGAAGGCUCUCGUUCCUUACAUUUUAACAUCAUUGAAAGAGAAGUUCCUGAAGAUGUUGUGAUUAAAAUAGGACGUUUUACUGAUAAAGCUCAUGUUCCAAACAGAGUAGCUUUUAAAAGUAAAGUUGUUUCAAGAGGCCAUGCUGAAAUUUGGUGUAAUACUAAAUCUUCUUCAGGAACAUUUCUUAAUCAUGUAAGAUUGUCACCUCCAAAUUCAGAAAGUAAAGCAUUCUUGUUAAAUGAUGGAGAUGUUGUACAACUUGGUGUUGACUACCAAGGCGGAACUGAAGAAGGAACAAAACAACAAAUAGUUGAUUGUUGUAUUUGUUUGGGUGGAAUUGGACCUUAUCAAGCUUUAUUUCUUGCACCUUGUUCGCAUGUUUUUCAUUACAAAUGCAUACGGCCAACUUUGUUUUCUCAUCAUUCAGGAUUUUUAUGUCCUUUAUGUAGAAGUUUUGCCGAUCUUGAAGCUGCUGUAGACAACAGUAUAGAUUGGGAACAAGUUUUGGCUGAACAAGAAGAUUCUUCUGUUGCUGAAAAACUUCAAGAAGAAGUAGAUACUCAAUCUCCAAAUAAUAUUGUUAUUGAUAAUUCAUCAGCUGACGACGAAGAACAACCAUUUGAAAAUAUUGAAGAAUCUUCUACAAGUGAUAAAGCUACUUCAUCUUCUACACCUCCGUAA